CCACUAAAAUGGGCAGACCCACCUGCAGACUCUGCGGGUGGUCAAGGCAAUUUCACCUUGGUGGUGUUUGUAACUGACCAUGUGAAACUGUAUAAGAGAAUGGUGGAAAUCUGCAGUGGCAGCAAGCAGAGUGGUUCAUCUCUGGUGAAGGGGCCAGCUGGCUUGAUCUGUGAAUUUACGCAAGACACAGAAACAGUUAAAGAAGGUGAGGUCACUGAGAACUGCCAGUCGUGCGUGUGUGAAGAAGUUAACACUGAGGAAGGUGAUGGUGAUGAUGACGGUGAUGAUGAAGAGGAAGAUGAAGACUGGGACUGGGAUGAUGAGGUGGGAAGACUCAUGAAGCGCCACAGUGCUGCUGGUGGAUGCAAUCCACAGGCAAAUAGACAGACCCCUAGUUGCUAUUCAGCAAAAAUGUCAACCCCUACAGACAAGGCUAUAAGGAAAUUUGAACAUAAAAUUAAUUUAGAUAAGCUGAAUUUUGAUGACUCUGUUAUAAACAGAGUUACAGAAAAGUCUAGACAGAAGGAAGCAGACAUGUACCGAGUCAAAGACAAGUCAGACAGAGCAACAGUAGAACAGGUGUUGGAUCCAAGGACCCGAAUGAUUCUGUUCAAGAUGCUAACUAGAGGUGUCAUAUCAGAAAUCAAUGGCUGCAUCAGCACAGGGAAAGAAGCUAAUGUAUAUCAUGCCAGUACUGCAAAUGGAGAGAACAGAGCAAUAAAGAUUUACAAAACUUCUAUUCUGAUGUUUAAGGACCGAGAUAAGUAUGUGAGUGGUGAAUUCAGAUUUCGUCAUGGAUAUUGUAAAGGCAACCCAAGAAAAAUGGUCAAGACAUGGGCUGAAAAAGAAAUGAGGAAUUUAAUAAGGUUGAAUACAGCCCAGAUACCUUGCCCAGAGCCAAUUAUGCUAAGAAGCCAUGUUCUUGUCAUGGGCUUUAUUGGUAAAGGUGAUAGGCCUGCUCCUCUGCUGAAGAAUGCUCAGUUAUCUGACUCCAAAGUCCGGGAACUGUACCUACAAAUUAUCCAGUACAUGAGAAGAAUGUACCAAGAUGCCAGACUUGUUCAUGCGGAUCUCAGUGAAUUUAAUAUGCUAUACCACAGUGGGGAUGCGUACAUCAUUGAUGUGUCUCAGGCAGUGGAGCAUGACCACCCACAUGCCCUGGAGUUCCUGCGAAAGGAUUGUGCCAACGUUAGCGACUUCUUCCAGAAGCACAGUGUUGCAGUGAUGACUGUGAGGGAGCUGUUUGAGUUUAUUACCGAUCCUUCUAUCACAAGUGAGAACAUUGAUGACUAUCUGGCUAAGGCAAUGGAAAUAGCAUCGAAAAGAACAGAGGAGGAAAGAUCCAGUCAAGACAAAGUGGAUGAGGAAGUGUUUAAGAAGGCGUACAUACCUAGAACUUUGACUGAAGUUAAAAACUAUGAGAGAGAUGUGGAUAUAAUGAUGAAAUUGAAAGAAGAGGAUAUGGCAUUGAAUGUUCAGCAAGAUAAUAUUCUCUACCAAACUGUGACAGGACUGAAGAAGGAUUUGUCUGGUGUUCAGAAGAUUCCUGCACUUCUUGAACAGAAGGUGGACAAGGCAGAAACAGGCUCUGAUGAUGAUGAUGAUGGUACCUCAGAGGGCUCUGAUUCAGGCUGUAAAGAAUCUGUACAUCCCAAAGAUAAACCUGCUGAAGUUAGCAUGGACAAAAAGGAAAGGAAAAAGAUGGUUAAAGAAGCCCAAAGAGAGAAGAGAAAAACCAAAAUCCCAAAGCAUGUGAAGAAGCGUAAAGAAAAGACUGCAAAAAUGAAGAAAGGCAAAUAA